GCUAUCUAAUUCCGAGAAACACAAGCGACGGCCCGUCUUUCUUCUUCCGCGGUUCCUCUUUCUCGGGGCUCGUAGCCGUGUUUCAAAUGAGAACCUCAACCCUAAUAGCUCGCUCCGCUUCCUCCUCCUUCCGCUCCGCCAUACGGUCCAAGCGGCCAUUCCCUUCCCUGAGUCCCUCCUUUCUCGCCUUCACCGCCUCUGCUCCUCUCCGCUCUCUGGGGUUAGGCCUUCGUGGACCCAAUCCGUCCUUCUGCAAACCCUUCUCCUCCCAAUGGUCCUCAGCUGCCGAGGCCGCCGAGGACCCCGCUGACUCCUCGGACGACACCGUCGAGGAGUUGCUUAACCGAGGAGAGGACCGCAUCCACCAGCUGAUGAAGAUGGAACGAAGGUCCGAACCCGAGGGCGGCAGCCACCGCGGCCGGUGGUUCCCUUACCGCGACCUCUUCAAAUCCGGGAACGCGGCACUCGGGAGCCGCGAGGUGAUAGCGGCGCUCGACCCCUACAUCCUGGACGCUAGGAAGGAAAGGAUCCGUAGGGCGGUUGAGAACCGGAGCUAUUCCGUGUGCUUGGUGGUCGAAGGGCUUACGGAUUUUGGGAACGUCUCGGCGGCGUUCCGGUCGGCGGAUGCGCUUGGAAUCCAGUCGGUUCAUGUUAUUUCAAAGGACAGCAGGAAAAGGUAUCGAGACAAUCGCCAUGUUAGCAUGGGUGCUGAGAAAUGGUUGGACAUUGAGCUCUGGAAUUCACCUACGGAUUGCUUUACAGCUUUGAAAAAUCGUGGUUAUCGAAUUGUGGCAACUCAUUUGGGGAUUCAUGCGGCUUCCAUCUAUGAGAUGGAUUGGUCACUUCCAGUCGCAAUAGUUGUUGGAAAUGAACACAUGGGUAUAACUGAAGAGGCUUUGCAGCUAUCUGACAUGCACUGUAGCAUUCCGAUGAAAGGAAUGGUUGAUUCUUUCAAUGUUUCAGUUGCAGCAGGCAUACUCAUGCACCAUGCUGUUUGUGAUAGAAUUUCUCGUCUGUACUACCUGCAGGGUUGCCAUGGGGAUUUGACAUCUGAAGAAAGUCAGAUUCUGCAAGCAGAAUUUUAUUUGCGCCACAGAGAAACUACCAUUGGGAUUGUUCAUGAGUAUGCAAAAAGGAUGGAAGGGCUCCUAGGCAAGCAAUGAAAGCACUAGUUGAGCAAGAUGAUGGAACUUAAUCUUGAACUGGACAAGUACCCAGAUUUACCUUCCGCUAGAGUUAUUCUUCCAAGCUUGCAGUGUUGAUGCAAUCUCUAUUUGGAGCUACUGAUGUCAUGGAUUUGUGAGAGGCUUCCAUAUGGCAUCUGUUGAUUGUGCAAGCAUGACGAUAUAUGCAAACUCCACUUACCAGAGGUCAAAAAUUUACUCCUGAAACGGGCAACAAGUACAUUUUUUUCAGCAAAAAUGUUAUAUUCCCUUCUAUUACAUCAAUCAUCAAUAUAUGCAUUAACAUGUUGUGAAAAUUUCUGUUACAAAAAAACAUAAAUUCACCAAUUCAUGGGAGCUUUCUUGUCUCA